CCGGGCGUCGCGGCCCCGCUUCCGCCCCGGCGCUCGGGACUUGUAGCGCUCCGCGGGAAGGAGGCUGUAUACCCGGCAGCAGUGGGGCGGAGAUGGAGGCGGCCGUGGCGCCGGGGAGGGGUGCGCCGGCACCCGCGGCGAGUAAGCCCAGCGGCUGCGGGAAACACAACUCGCCGGAGAGGAAAGUUUAUAUGGACUAUAAUGCAACCACUCCCCUGGAGCCAGAAGUUAUCCAGGCCAUGACCGAGGCCAUGUGGGAAGCCUGGGGAAAUCCCAGCAGCCCGUAUUCAGCAGGAAGAAAGGCCAAGGAUAUUAUAAAUGCAGCUCGGGAAAGCCUAGCGAAGAUGAUAGCGGGGAAACCUCAAGAUAUAAUCUUCACUUCCGGGGGCACCGAGUCAAAUAAUUUAGUAAUCCAUUCUGUGGUGAAACAUUUCCACGCAAACCAGACCUCAAAGGGACACACGGGUGGGCACCACAGCCCAGUGAAGGGGGCCAAGCCCCAUUUCAUUACUUCCUCGGUGGAACACGACUCCAUCCGGCUGCCCCUGGAACACCUGGUGGAAGAACAAGUGGCAGAUCAACCGCUCUUCUUCCUCCUCCUCCUCAGCCUACUCAAUGUGAAGAUGAUGAAGAUGAAGACCUUUAUGAUGAUCUGCUUCCACUUAAUUAAUAAGGUCACCUUUGUCCCGGUGUCCAAGGUGAGCGGGCAGGCAGCGGUGGACGACAUCCUUGCGGCAGUCCGCCCGACCACACGCCUCGUGACCAUCAUGCUGGCCAACAAUGAGACUGGCAUUGUCAUGCCUGUCCCUGAAAUCAGUCAGCGCGUGAAAGCCCUGAACCAGGAACGGGUGGCAGCUGGGCUGCCUCCCAUCCUCGUGCACACGGAUGCUGCACAGGCCUUGGGGAAGCAGCGCGUGGAUGUGGAGGACCUGGGCGUGGACUUCCUUACAAUCGUGGGGCACAAGUUUUAUGGUCCCAGGAUUGGUGCACUUUAUGUACGAGGACUUGGUGAAUUUACCCCUCUCUACCCCAUGCUAUUUGGAGGUGGACAAGAACGGAACUUCAGGCCAGGGACAGAGAACACCCCAAUGAUUGCCGGCCUUGGGAAGGCCGCGGAGCUGGUGACCCAGAACUGCGAGGCUUAUGAGGCCCACAUGAGGGACGUCCGCGACUACCUGGAAGAGAGGCUGGAAGCUGAAUUCGGUCAAAAGAGAAUCCAUCUGAAUAGCCAGUUUCCAGGCACCCAGCGGCUUCCCAACACCUGCAACUUCUCUAUCCGGGGACCCCGGCUUCAAGGCCGCGUGGUGCUUGCGCAGUGCCGAGUGCUGAUAGCCAGUGUGGGGGCCGCGUGCCACUCGGACCACGGGGACCAGCCGUCCCCAGUGCUGCUGAGCUACGGCGUCCCCUUCGACGUGGCCAGGAACGCACUCCGGCUCAGCGUGGGCCGCAGCACCACCAGGGCCGAGGUGGACCUCGUCGUGCAGGACCUGAAGCAGGCCGUGGCACAGCUGGAGGACCAGGCCUAGCGCCGGGGCCACCCUCCCCGCCCCGCUUCUAGGAAGCCCGUGGCAGGGCACAGGGUUGUCCCUCCAGUUCCCUCCUGAGGGCUGUGCCAGGAUGACUGUCUCAUGCCCCCUCUGCAUUUUGUCCUGGAGUGCCUGCGAGUGUGCACCCCCAGUUUCCUUCCCUGGACCCCUGCAGAGCUCACAGGGCCCAGGACACCAACGCCACAUAGGACCGCCCACAUAGGACCGCCCACAUAGAACCGUUCUCCAGUGAAGGAUGGAAACACUUGAGCUUCAUCCACCCUCCCCACUGGGAACUGGGCAAGCCUGUUGUGAGUGCCCUUUCCUGGAAGGUGUUUUUCUCUGGAAGAUAGAAUCCAAGUAUUUAUAACUCAUUGUCAGCCAAGUGCUAUCGUGAACAUAGGAAACUCGAUGUUUUUGUUUUGAUCAUGGCCUCGCACAUGCAUCUUUCCAGAGUGGUCUCUUCUCAGGCCCUUUUUAGUCCCUUUCCAAAGCUGCCCCCACCACCCUGCUCCUCUGGCCUCAGUGCACAGUGGCCCCCAGCCUCGGCCAGGCCUGAUCUGCUCAGCGCCCACCGCCCACCAGCCCUCCUGCUUCCCCGAGCCUGACCCCAUUCCGCCCACUGGCAGUCAGGGCUGCGCACUUCCCCAUCCACGGUCCCCAGGCCCUUCUUGUCUUGUCCCUUUUGAUCAUUAACUCAGGGUUUCAGCGCCAACCUCGCUGAGCUGGUGCAGCUCCGGGUCAUUCCUGGGGUAGGAAUCGGGUCAUCCCUGACUCAGCUUUUACCUUAAUUUUAUUUGCGGAGGAUUCUUUUCUCAAAAUGCUCUGGCAUUUGGACACACAUCACAUGUCGAUAUUUGCAUAGGAGUCAUUUUCAGUGGAAUAACAUUUUUAAUGUGUGGUUUUACGGUUCAAGGAACUACAUGAUGAUUUUGAGGAAACACUUGCCAGAAAUUAAAUUAACGAAUAAAAGAUUUCAGUGCCCGG